AGGUGGACGGUGCGAUGGCAACCUCUCAGAAGCUGACGGACCAUUUCUUGUCCUGUACAAUAUGUACAGAGGUGUUUGACAAGCCCUGUACACUUGUGUGUAAUCACACCUUCUGUCGGAAAUGUAUCGUCAACUAUACCAAAACCAGACCAGAAGCCAUCAGAGCCAAGUCCCUCCUGUGUCCAUUCUGCAGAAAGAUGACGAAAGUGUCCGCCCCUGAGAGACCAAUGGAGGAGUGGGCGGAUGACGUCAAACCUAUCUUUCUCAUCCAGGGACUCUUGGACUCGUUUGGCCCUGGAUCCAAAGAUACGACCAAUUGUACCUACUGCCAAGAACAUGGGGAGACAACUCUGGCUGUUGCUUGCUGCUCCGUCUGUGAUGAUGCACUCUGUGAGAAAUGUACUGGAGCUCACAACCGCAUCCCAUCAUUUCGAAACCAUGACGUCACUGACCUGUCUGGAGAGGUCAAGGUCAAGGGAAAGCGAAAGGCCAUGUGCAAGGAGCACAAACAGGAGUCGCUAGAAUUUCUGUGUCAGGACUGCAAGAAGGCCGUGUGUCAGAAAUGUUGCAUACUUUACCACAGGAAAUGUGAUGCCGUUGUCACGAUCACCUCACAGAUGGUGACAAUGAAAACAGAGCUAACAGAAAUGAAGAAGUCAUUAUCAAACAAGGAAGGUGAGACGACACUUCGUGUGAAGGAACAAAAGUUGCAGGAGCAGAGAGAGAGAGAUCAUUAUUCACUGAUGAAGUCACACAUUCAUUCCGCAUGCCAGAAAGUUAUAGAUCGGGCCAAGAAAAAAGAAAGGAAGCUACUCGAUCGGAUGGAAGAUAUUUCACAUAAACACAUCGGGCAAUUGAAAGCAGACAUAAAGACAGGUGAGAUGUCGGCCGGUGAUGUGGAGGCUGUCGGAGACGCUGACCUGAAGGAGGGAGGACGAAUAGCCAGUUUCACAUUCAGACAGGACACAGACAAGCUGAUUAAAGCACUGGACGAUCUAGAGCUAGGUGAGAUAGAGGUCCUGUAUGAGAGUGUGCUGGACCUGAAGGCUACUCCUGUGUUACAAGACACCAUUGACAUAACCGUAGCAGGCGAUAGGAGUAAACCAAUGCCCAGUGACGUGACAGUGCUGGUGGUGAAUGACACAGAUACCGUUGUAGUCACAGACUGGUAUAACCACAGUAUGAAGUCCUUCUACGUCAAGAACAACCAGACACAGCAUAGCAAACUCAGACUGAGUGGUGACCCAUGGAGUGUGACCAAGUUGACACACGAUCAGGUAGCUGUCACUGUGCCAGACACCCAACAGAUUGUAACAGUAAAAGUCAAACCAGACCUGGAGUUACUGACAACCAUGAGGACCAGCAAACAGUAUUGGGGUAUAACGUCGCUGACUCCAUCAACACUAGCAGCUGGUUCCCACUCUGCUCUCUGUGUUGAUAUCCUGGAUAUGACAGGAAACGUGCUGAGGUCUAUCAGUUCACGCCACAAAGGUAACAACAUCUUACAGUAUCCCAACUUCCUCAGUACCAGGACAGGUAACAUCCUGGUAUCUGACUGGGGAACCAAGCGUGUCGUGUGUCUGACCCCCGAGGGAGAUGUGGUGUUCAGCUACAGCCCUACAGGAGACACAGCACUGGAGUGUCCUCGGGGUAUCACAAGUACCGACACAGGCGACAUCCUGGUUACAGACUACAGACAACACAGAGUCAUCCAUCUGACUGAGUCAGGACAGUUUGUAAGAAACAUACUGACAGAAGAGGGCGGUAUUACGUGUCCUGUGGGUGUCUGUGUAGACCCAUCUGGUUACAUGUAUGUUUGUCUCGGCACUAAAGGAGUUGUUAAGGUGUUCACUUGUCUUGCGUGUCUGACGUGAUGUAGGAGUAUUCACACUCUCAGCUUCCUUACGUCAUCAGGGAAGGAUCUUUAAAAGCCGGGACAGUAUGAUGUGGACCAUAGACAAGAAGUCUUAAAGAUUAUAUUUUGGAUACCUCAGGUAUAUGUAUGUCUCCAAUACAUGAGAUAUCAUCACUUAAUUGAAUAACCAAUAUGUC